CUGGACAGUUCGUGUAAAAUGCCGCGAAGAUUGCUGAUCGUUGUCCUAUUGGUAGUGCUUUCAGUUCAACGUUCUUCAUCUUACAAAACGGUCGAAUGCCAGGAUGAUGUGAACCAGCCCAAUCAGUGUAUAUUCUACUCGUUUAAUUUGAAGGACAGUGUAAACGGAACUACCACUCUCCAACUACCGACGACGUCCAAUACUUCGGCAAUUAAAUUUAUUCACUCGUCGGUCGAAUCAUUAGAUUCGCAAUUAUUGCAUAAUCUCGCGAAGGUUACUUCAAUUGACCUUAGCCAUUCGGGAGUACACAUCAUAAACAGAAAUGCACUUCAGAGAAACAGAAAUCUUACCAAUUUGAUAAUAGCUGGAAAUUCGCUGAAUGAUCUACCGAACGGUUUAUUUGACGAUACGAUUCUACUGGAAGCGCUGGAUGUGUCAAACAACAAUUUGCGAAGAAUCGAUCAACACGUUUUCGAACAUUGUCCUGAACUCAAGCGACUUAAUAUGGCAGCAAACUUUUUGCCAACGAUAACGAAAGAACUCUUUAGAAUACCCAGGGAAUUGCAAGUUCUAAACUUGGCCGGUAAUCGAAUUCAAUCUAUAGUCAGUAAUAGCUUCGAACUACUUGAAAACUUGAUUGUGCUCAAUUUAGGCGGGAAUUUUAUUCGAGAAUUAAAUUAUGAUGCAUUCGAAAAGCUGCGUUCCCUGGAACAGUUGGACAUUUCUGACAAUCUCAUUGAAAAACUAAGCUCAGGAGUAUUUCAGGCGAUUCCUCAAAUAAAAGCAAUUUCAUUAGCAGGCAACUUUUUGUCCAAACUGCCUGCUGGUUUAUUUAGCAAUCUAAUUGAAUUACGUGAAUUAAAUUUACAAGGAAAUGAGCUGAUGUUUCUUGAUCAUCAAGUGUUUAGAGGUUUAGGUAAUUUGCAAACCAUACUAUUAGGCAUAAACAGUUUUACGGAAAUUCCAUCCGAAUUAUUGAAUGAUCAAGAUAUGUUACAAAACGUGGAUUUUAGUAGUAACAGACUUUUCAGUAUUCCGAAAAAUGUAAUUAAUCGCGUGGGUAAUGAAGUAAAACUUCAGAACAAUCGCAUUUCCGUUGUGCACGAUAACAACUUUGCGCAAACAAUACAUAUUACUAUCAUUUCCUUAUACGGUAACAAAAUUCUUUCCCUUGAGAAUGACGCUUUCAAGGGUCUAACAAAUCUUACUGAAUUGUAUCUAGAUCACAACGAAUUAACUGAAAUUCCCGUAACAAUUUUCAGAGACAACCCUAGGUUGGCGCAUAUUACAAUAUCAGGAAAUGCAUUGACAGCAGUUCGAACAAAUACUUUCGCCGGAUUGUUUAAUCUGAAUUCAUUAGAUCUAUCGUCAAACAAGAUCUCAGUUAUUGAGAAAGGUGCAUUUCAUUCUUCAGCUAUCAAGUAUUUGUUUCUUAAUAAUAAUUUUCUUGAUCGAAUCGACACUGUAACAUUUGAAGGACUGAAUUUAGUGUAUUUAAAUUUAGCACAUAACAAAUUAAACGAAAUUUCAAAUGUCGCAUUUUCUAAUCAACCAGUCCUCGAAUCGAUUAUUCUAAACAGUAACAGCAUCAAUGAAAUAUCAAAUACAGCUUUUGUACAUACAACUAGCCUUAAGCAUUUGGAUUUAAGUAAUAAUGCCAUUAGUGGAAUGCUUCAUAUAGAAUCUUUACAACUUCCCACCACUUUACACCAAUUGGAGAUCAACGCAAUCCACUUUCCAGCUUCUUUCAUGUUAUCGAACCGUAUUUUUGAAAACAUUACUUCCUUGAAGAUUAGUUAUGAAAUUCCGCUCAAUCUUAAAAAGCUCAAAUUGUUGCACAUUGAUUCUUUAAACACGAAUAAAGCCGAUGAAACAAUUUCAACACUUGACGAACUAGAAGAAUUGACAAUAACAAACAGUAAUAUAGGAAGACUCCCAGAAAAUUUAAUCAAGCGUCUAAAUUUACUAAAUAGGCUAGCAAUAAUCAACGAUUCUGUUAGUUCUAUUCCUUCCGAUUUCUUCAACAACAGUACAAAUCUUAAUGAUUUAGACUUAUCCAAAAAUCAACUGAUUUUCCUCAAUCCAGGCUGGUUUACACAUUUAAUAAAACUGGAAAAGUUGUCUCUCUUAGAAAACCACAUCGGAUCAAUCCCACAAAAAACCUUUACUAGUUUGUAUUCAUUGAAGUCGCUCUCACUGGCAAAUAACCAAAUCCAAGCAUUAAGUCCCAAUUUAUUUCCAACUACUUUGAUUUAUCUAAAUAUUUCAUCAAACUUUCUAACUUUAUUUUCGCCCAAUAUUUUGCAACCUAAUCGAAACCUUCGGACACUGGAUGUUAGUUUAAAUUAUUUAAAACACAUUUAUUUCGAUACAAAUUUGCACGCCCUGCAUGCUGCAGGAAAUCAAAUCUCCAACAUUGAUUUCUCUUUUCAAGAGAAAAAUCAACUAGAAAUAUUGGAGCUCGCCAAUAAUAAACUCACUAACGGCUCCAACUUCUUUCGGUUAUCAAAACUAAAAAUUCUCGAUAUUGCCAACAACUAUGGCAUCGAAUUUGACUUGAAGCAGCUGUACCAACUAAGGCAUAUUGUAGCAUUAAAUAUUUCAUUCACUGGAAUAGCAUUGCCAACCGUCAAAAUAACACCCACAAAUCUAGCAGCACUAGACCUGAGUGAAAACCGAAUGGAAAAGCUGCCGUUCAAUUUUCUACAAGCCAUACCGAGGAUAACCGAACUUCACGUCCAGGGAAACAACUUUGCAAUACAAGAGCACAAGAAAAUAGCGAAACACUUGAAACAUUUACUGUAUCUAAAGGUAGACUCUCCAGCUUCUAGAUAUGAAUCAAUUUUCAACGCGACCUAUGUUCGUUUGGCAUAACAAUUUGGAAUAAAAUAGAAGAUUGGCCAAGAGAGUAACAUGUGAAUUCGCGAACAUACAGGCCAGCUUAAUUUUUUAAAACAUUACUAAUAUCCAAUGAAGUACAGCAAGCGUUCCCACUAAAUUUGAACCAAUAAAGUUGCAUAAAUAA